AUCUUUGCCUUUUACUGAAACAAAUGACAGUAAACAAAUUACUUUGUACAUAGCAAUAAUUUUACAAACAUGAGACAGAGUUCAAGCAGAGAAUUCAAAAUUCAUUACAUACAGCCGAGGACAUUAUCCGCCGAGAAGAAAUGGAGUCUCGCAAGAUCAUACUGGGCCCAUAUAGAAAGUAUCAUGAGGGCCAAAAAGAUACUGGAUAACAAUAAUGAGGAGGUCUGGCGUUUUGCAGAAAAGCAAAUAGAGGAACAUCAUCGAAAACGCAAAAAGGACGAGAAGAGAAAAUCAAAAGAAAAUCGUUAUUAUUUUAAAAAGAUCAAAGAUUCGGCAACGCACCACAGGCGUGAAGACCAAACUAACGAAUGGAAGCGAGAACAAGUGUUUAUGAAGCACUUAUGUAAACGUCCGGUACUGUGGACGUUGAAGAAGGAGAGAGAUAUACUCCUCAUUGGUGGCCCUGAAUGUGAAGCGGCAGGUGCACCACGCAGAUCUGUUCCAAAACCAGUAGUGGACUUCAAACUGAGGCCCAGGUGCUUUUUCGACUUGCAAAUUGACAAUGAUAUACGUCUGGGACGCAUUAUUUUCGAGCUGUAUGGAGAUUAUGUUCCAAAAGCAGCUGCAAAUUUUCUCAGCAUGUGUAAAGGAUGCGAUGGCCUUACUUAUAAAGGAAGCUGUUUUCAUAGAAUAAUACCUGGUUUAAUGUGCCAAGGAGGUGAUAUCACUGAGUUCAAUGGGUCUGGAGGCAUGACAAUAUUUGGAGAGGUAUUCAGUAAGGAAAACUACUCACUAAAGCAUGGUGGAAUAGGUGUUCUCUCAAUGACGGGUGUGAGUCCAACGAAAAUUUCCUCACUGUUUAACAUCACUUUCAGGGAGUUGCAUGCUCUUGAUGGAAGUAGUGUUGUCAUUGGUAAAGUACUGAAAGGGAUCAACACACUGUUAAAGAUAGAAGAGUUUGGAUAUCGAACCGGAAAACCACGCAAGAAGGUGGUCAUAGCAAAAUGUGGACAAAUUUGAUGGUUCAGUUUACUGUUUCUCUGUCAAAUAAAUUUGUUUUUUUUUUUGCCUGAAUGUGGUUACAGUUUAAGUAGUAGAAUACACAAU